AUUCGGAUUCCCAUCCUAUCCUAUUCUGAGCUCGGUCAGAUCCAAAUUCUGAAGAAACCUUUGUCGUGAUGACUGUUUCAACAGUAUGGAUAUCUACAGCUGCAUCAAUAGGCAUGGCAGUGGGACCUCCACUGGUUUAUGCCGACCAAGCCUAUUCCAUUGUGAAGAAAAAAGAUUCUACUGGCUUCUCGCGAGACGUUUGUGCCAUUCUACUGAUAGCUAACAUUACAAGAUGUUUCUUUUGGCUGGGUGAUCGCUUUGAGCUUGCGCUAUUAGUUCAGUCGGUUCUAAUGAUCUUGGCUCAGCUUGCCCUACUGUACAUUUGCAUAAUAUAUCGCCCUAGGAUUGGUCCGGAGAACCUCGGCAAUUCCAACAGACUGUAUUCGUUUUGGCAAUGGUCGUCAUAUACACAAUACAUCGAAUUCUUGGCUGGAUUAAUUCUGUGCCAAGCAAUCCUGUUCCUCAUAUUCGGUAGAUCACGCGUGUUUAUCACAUUACUGGGAUUCUUCGCCCUAGGCCUUGAAAGCACACUCCCUAUACCGCAGCUUAUCAGCAAUUACAAACAAAGGUCUCUAUACGGCUUUCGUAUGUCUACUUUGAUUGGGUGGCUCGGAGGCGAUUCAUUCAAGACCGUAUACUUUUUCCUUCAAAAUUCACCGUUGCAAUUCAAGGUGUGCGCCAUCUUUCAACUUUCAAUUGACUUUGCUAUUCUAGGACAGAGAGUCAUUUACGGGAAUCCUCCACCAGCCCCAGUCCUGAGUGAGGAAGAAGAUUUAGAGCAAGCUCUCGCAUUAGCGGAAGAGUCAUGACAAAUUUCCGAGGGUAUAUUCUGAAAGUUCUUUGUCUAAUGAACAAUCUGUUUCUCUUCCAAAAGUUGGUGGCCGUGGGAUCGACCUGUUUCCCGAUUGACGCCUACAAACGUCUACAGUGCUUCAAGUUCCAACGUUCAACUCCGCUUCGCCUUGCAUUUCCGUGUCAACAAGCAAAAUGACAUUCGAUCCUUGUACCCUCUUGCUGUGGUACAUUUUGUUGGCGUGUAAGGAGUUUUCCGUUCCUACUAAAUGCUAGAUGUCAAUAGGAAAAAUAAAUCUCCGCGUUACUGCCCUUUGCAUAAUUCCGUAAAAAUGGGGAAAAUUUUUUUUCUUCGGUCCGAAUGUUGAAUGU